AUGAAAAUGGUUAUUUUGGUGAUUCUUUUCGGGUGUAUUUUUGCUCAACCAGGCGAUGUUAUUGAGAGGCAAAUUUCGAAUUGUCGAGAUUGUUUUACACUGAUUGAUUUCUUUAAAGCAACUUUUAAUGAGGACACACAACCAUUGAGUGAAAUGACCGAAGAAGUCUAUUUGAAAAUGAUCAUCGAGAAAUGCGAUGAGGGAUACUAUGAUAAAUAUAUCGAGAACAGAGAUCAACAAAAAUGCAUGGACUAUGUCAAAUCAGAACACGAGGGUUUCAACAAUCUCUAUCAAGCGCUAAUCGCUGAUGGAGACAAUGCGGAGAUUUGCAACAAAUUCUAUUCAAAUACUCCAAUUGGUGAUCAAUCUUGUGACUCAUGGAUGACUGAAGGAGCCGAC